AAUUAUCGCUGAGUAGAAAAUUCGUAUAUUCGCAAUUACGUAGCGAUUUUCGUGAAUUUCGGAGUAAUUGGACUCUGAAAAGAAGCAAUAAAAAGACGGCAUAAGACCGUGACGCGUUUCAAUUCUGGCUAAAAAUAUUGGUGGCCGAAAACAAUAUACUGACCAAACUUCCCAAGCAAAGUACAAUAAUGAUCACUCGCGGGAUAAGAAAUUAAAAAAGUAGGAAUAACAACGAGUUCAUGGGAUUCAUCGACGAUGAAUUGUGUAAAGUAUCAAAACUCUGUAAGAAAGAUGUACCUGACAGUAGACUUGUCUCGUGCGUACGCUCAAUGGUCAGAGUCGAAAUAACGCGGACAGCAUACAAAAAAAUAGUGAUCUGCAUUCAAUUCCCGGAGGAAUAUCCUCAAGCUGCAUUGCUGAUUGAACUGAAGAGUAAAACACUUGCACCUAAAUUUCUCGAAAAAUUGGAAAAAGCGUGUGAAAAAAAUUGCAAGAAUAUACUGGGUAAAGAACAGGUUCUCGAUACCAUCAAAUUUGUGAGAAACUUUGUUGAAGAAAAUCCCCUAUGCUGUUGCUACGAUGAAAUAACUCACUUAAAAAAACUACUCGUCGACGAGGGCGAUUUGAAGUUGAACAGUAAAAAGUCGUCUGUCCGUGUUAGAGCUUCGCAAGGACUUUAUUAUUACAAAGUCAAGAUAAUCGUGCCUGACGAUUAUCCGGUAAAUGCUGUUUGCGUUGUCGACGUAGACACAAACUUUCCUCCUCUUUUUGCUCGUUACUUUUCGGCCCAAGCGAAGGAAUUGGGGAGGCGUUGCGUCGAGCCACCUCUGAACAAGCAUCCCCUGAAACAAGCAUUUUCACCUUCUCCGUCUCUUCAAGUUGUUGUUUCCUUCAUAAUCAAAACUGUACGAGCUAUUCCAAAGGAACUUUGUCAGCUCUGCAAAGCCAUAUGUUUGCCCGAAAAUCCAGAUACCGCAAUUACCGACGAAACUGCAGACAUGCAUGCCGAAAGACUCUAUUGCGGCCAUUUGUUUCAUUUGCGAUGCCUCGUGACAUUCAUGAAGACUCCGCCAUUCCAUGGGGGUAAAAAAUGUCCGAGUUGCGGUGAACGAGUAUACCACGAGAAAUGGGGUUUGAGUGAAAAGCUAGCAGAAGCUCGUUGGGCACACAGGCAAGCUCGUGAUCGUGAGCUCGCCGAGGUCACCGAAUUUUUUGAGUAAAGGCGCUCCCGAAAAAACGAGCAUUCUUUCAAGAGCGUUUUGAUUAAUCGACGUCAAAAUCUCAGCCGCAACGAGUCUCGACCGAGAAACGUAUAAACUGAAAGAAAAAAAAUGUGCGAUUGAGGAUGUGACACACACAAGUCGCUGAAUCGUCACGCCACAUGAAAAUCCUUCCAUGAUGAACCGUUCCCUCCAAUCCUAGCAACGGUACGAAAAAUCCAUGACAUUCACUCCGUUUCCAUCAAUACCGUUUCUAUUUUCAUAACCUAGAAAAAGCAAAAACCACUUAAAUUUUCCACUCCGAAAAAAUUCAUUUCUCGUCUACGUUCUCGCUGUUCGUCAACAGGUUCAUCAAAACAAGCUUUCCCAAAAUAAGUGUAAAGUGUUUAAACGCAAAUGGACGAACAACAAGAAAAAUAGAUCAGGCAAAUAGACGAGAAAGCAAUUAUAGAAGUUUGUAUCAUGCAUUUCAUUCCAUUCGUCACCGACAAUAUUUCCUACUCGUCUAGACCCUCGAACGAUAUUAAUUUCCUUGAAAGGCUUACGCAAUGUGAUACCUCGAGAAUUUUAUUACCGACGAGAACUAGCGAAUUCACAAAUACAGAGGAGCUUUUGAGCCCAACGUAUCUAUAUUCGUCCAUGGCCUAACCGUAUAGUUAUACGUGAAUAUGGAAUAAUCGAAGGAAAAGGGGUGAAUGUGCUCCAGGCUUUUUUGUUCUACCGGCGAUAGGAACGCGAGGAAUUUUCGAGAUAGAGAAAGGAAAUUAAAGUAAAAGGGAGAGCAAGCGAAAUCGAGAUACGGGAAAAGCAACUCGCGCCGCUUACGGAGAAAGCACACUGCUCCUAUCCGCUUGUAAAUGUCUCUGUAGAGACGAUAUAUAAGGACGUACUCGUGAAUUAUUGAUCCUGCAAACAAACUAGUGGCAGUGUACUGCGUUAAGGAGAUAUCACUGUCUCUAACGUAGUUUUUUCAUGAAUUAACUAAACGGAUAUCCAAAGUUGCUUGGAUUUCAAAGUAUCUAGAUUUUUUAAAAAUAUAUUUUUCUGCUUCUCAGUUUAGAACUUCGUGUGAUUUAUUGCAUCAGGAAGCUCUAAUAAUCGAUUCACCUCUGAAUCCUGCAUUAGCUACCCGAUUCCAUCAUUCUUGGGUCGGUGUGACCCGAAGUUUUGUUUCAGUGAUGUAUUUAAAUAAAAUUCUCAACUCUAACGUA